GGAUCCCGUAGAGAAGGCUCUUAAUGAUGCGAAAAUGGAUAAGAGUCAGAUUCACGACAUUGUACUCGUUGGUGGUUCAACACGCAUACCAAAGGUCCAAAGUUUACUUCAAUCAUUCUUUGGAGGUAAGAGUUUGAACCUUUCUAUCAACCCAGACGAGGCUGUGGCUUAUGGUGCAGCGAUACAGGCAGCCAUAUUGAGCGGUGAUAAGAGCAGCCAAAUUCAAGAUGUGCUUUUGGUGGACGUGGCACCAUUGUCACUUGGAAUUGAAACUGCUGGUGGAGUGAUGACAAAACUUAUAGAACGAAACAGUCGCAUUCCAUGCAAACAGUCAAAAACCUUUACAACUUAUGCAGAUAACCAACCCGCAGUCACCAUCCAAGUGUUUGAGGGCGAACGUGCCAUGACCAAAGAUAAUAAUUUGUUGGGCACUUUCAACUUAACUGGAAUUCCACCAGCACCGCGUGGUGUUCCCAAGGUAGAUGUUACAUUUGAUUUGGACGCCAAUGGCAUUUUGAAUGUGACUGCAAAGGAGAUGAGCACCGGAAAUGCGAAGAAUAUAGUCAUAAAGAACGACAAAGGACGUCUAUCUCAAGCAGACAUCGAUCGUAUGGUUAAUGAAGCUGAAAAAUAUGCGGAGGAAGACGAGAAACAGCGCCAACGUGUUGCUGCUCGCAAUCAGCUUGAGAGUUAUGUGUUUAAUGUAAAGCAAGCAGCAGAUGAAGCCGGCAGUAAACUAAGUCAGUCGGAUAAAGAUCAUGUCCUCGAAAAGUGUAGCGAGACAAUUAAAUGGCUGGAUGCCAAUACCACUGCCGAAAAGGAGGAGUUCGAGUACAAAUUGGAAGAGUUGACGAAGAUCUGUAGUCCCAUCAUGACAAAAAUGCACCAGCAGGCAGGCGCUGGCACACAGCCUAGUAAUUGCGGCCAGCAAUCUGGUAAUUUUGGUGGAGGCAAAUAUGGUGGACCAACUGUGGAGGAAGUGGACUAAA